AUGAACGUCGAUCAUGCAUUGAUUGACUUGUGGGUAUCGAUGUGGCGGAUACGUCUGGUUUCUGGAACAGAGCCAAGAUUGCGUUUCCGUAUGAAGUAUGGCGUAACCAAAAAUCACAAAUUGAACGGACAUCCGGCAUAUGAAAACGCAUAUGAAUCAGGGAGCCGCUGUGGUGUGAAUCGCAGUCCCCGUAGCGUAAAGCAGAUGUGUAAAAUGACGAGAAAGAAUGGUGGUUUACAAAAUCCGAAAACGAAGAGAAACUCGCAAACUGAACGGAGUAGACCGUGCACUGAAUGGGUCUGGAAAAACAGCUUACGUGUUCGGGCUGUUCGGAAUGAGCACCAGGACGACGACCCAGAGUCACAUAGUGCGGUGGAAUCGGAGGUGGUGGCGGUGAGGACAAUCGGAGCCUUUGGGCCCCUUCAGAGAGUGACUCCGAGCGCAACAAAUGUGGCUCAGGGCCAGUGGAAGACCAGGCGCCAAAACCAGCCGGGUCUUGAGGCCGCACAGUACAUUGAGCUGCCCAAGCGUAUCCGAUUUAUACUACAAACGUCCACGGUGCUAUCUGAGUGGGAAAUUGUGUCAGGUGGGUCAACCGAUCGACACAACGGGGACGGUCACUGGGUCAUUGUUCGAGCAAUCAGGUGGAACAAAUACAUCAAUGAAGCCCGAAUAUGGUGCUACCUGACUGGGAAGUUGUUGCAGGCUCCUGUGAGUGAAAGAGCGAAGGAUCAAACUGGCACAAUCACUUUUGAUGAAAGAAAACACUUCGACUGCUGGACCAAGGAUUUCGAACAACAAUUCUUGUGGCCAUCUGUUGCCAUUCAAUUAGAUUCUAGAACUGCACUGGAAAUCCGGGUAGUGAAACUGGAAACUCUUGCGGCUCCGGAGGUUUAUGCUUGCAUACAUGCCCACGAGCGUCACGGAGCUGCUGGUCCGGACGCCUCCAAUCCACCCUGA